AUGCGUUCCAACAACAAACGGGCGGCCGACACGCUUCAUGACGGGUAUCCCCAGGUGUUCUUCACGAUCUGCGCCGCGCACGUGCUGGGUCUCAUGUUGCACGACAUGGGAGAAAUUCGGGUGUUGAACCGCGUCGUAAGUCAAGUACACAGGAUGGUGAUGAUGGUAAAAGGCAGCGCCUCUGCCAUCGUACUGUUCAAAGAGGUUUUUAGCAACUUGUCCUUGGUCCGCCCUGGUGCAACGCGGUUCGGCACCCAAGUGAUAAUGCUCGGCCGCUUCUUGGAGGUGAAGAAGGCGCUGUGGGCGAUGGUGAUUAGUGACGAACGGGAGGAGGAGGUGGCAGUGGCACGGACGGAGGAGGGGCGUGCGGUCCGCACGCUCCUACUGGACGACCUGUUUUGGGACUUAGCAACGGCAGUCCAUCGCCUCAUGACUCCCGUCUAUGAGAGGCGGGACCGGAACCGCCUUGCCGCCACCAAGAUGACCGACGUCACCUACGUUGUCUUCACGAGGAGGGCUCGUGACGCCUUUGAUCGGAGGCAGGGUGUGCGUGAGAAGCUGUACCGUGACCUGAGCAACGGCACCUUCAAUGAGGGCUGCACCAUCGCCCCGGAUCUCAGCGAUGAUGAUAGUGGGGAGGAGGAGGAGGAGGAGGAGGAGGAGGAGGAGGAGGAGGAGGAGGAGGAGGAGGAGGAGGAGGAGGAGGAGGAGGAGGAAGAAGAAGAAGAAGAAUAG